AGGAAGCAGAAGCACCGCUGUCAUUCCUGUCGCUCGUUGCUGUGUCCUUGUUAGCUUUAGAGCUAACUAAUGAUCACCAUCUGGGAAGAUGAAAUGAAAUGUGACCUUAUUUUUAAACUCUUAAAGGUGUAUAUUUGCCCCCUUUAGCUUAUAGCAGGAUGUUGCGAGCGGGUACCGCAGUCACCUGCUUAGCCUGCAGGAGUCUGCUGUCUCCCCGGAUGGGCCUGAGAGUUGGAGUCCCUGUCCAGAAGCUUCAUCCCUUGUCCCGUGCCAUCCACCACAGAUACUCCAAUGCCAACACCCAGAGGACACCACACCGAACUGCUGCCCGCCAUUUCACCUCCCUCUCUAGGCUACCCCCACGUACUUACAAGUACCGCUACGGGGGCCAGGGGGGACAUGGCUACCAGCAGCACCGCACUUUUUGGGCGGUACGCUUGGCCGCCAGGCUGCUAAAACUAAGAUACGUUGUGCUGGGGUCUGCCGUAGGAGGAGGAUACACUGCUAAAAAGACUUACGAAGACUGGAAAGACUCGCUGCCUGAUCUUAGUGAAUAUUCGUGGGUAGUGCCUGAUUUUGUGUGGGAGCUCAGCGAACAAAUAGACUUAGAUAAACUUGCCAGUGCUUUCCCAGAUCUGCCAGAUGCAGAAGAGCUAGCCAAGCUAAUACCUGACCUGGAGAAGAUUGGGGAGAACUUCACCUUUCUUAAAGGCCUUCUGUCAACUGGUAUGAGUUUGGUUAGUGAAGUGAAUGGAGCGUCUGGUCUGCGUCUGUUGUUAGAGACCCCUACGGACGCGGCCCUGAAAGCCCCCGAGGCUCCGGUGGCAGCAGCAGCCACGGCCGCCACGACAGCUGCGUCAGCAGAGAGUGCCGGCAGCGCAGACAAGCAGUACAAGAAGCAGGGUUUGCUUGGUGAGCUCAUUCUCAUUCAGCAGCAGAUCCAACAGCAUGAGGAAGAGGUCCGUAGGGCGGCGGCGGCAGCAGCGGCGGCCCAUAACGCGCGGGCCGCUCCUCCGCCUCCUACAGAGCCUCCGCCACCACCACCACCACCGCCUCCGCCACCGCCGCCCGAACCCAGACCCAGCCCGAUUCCCAGUCCGGCCCCGGCCCCGGCCCAGAACGCCAUGCCCAGUCCAAGCCCCUCGCAACACAAGCGCAAGCAGGCAUCAGAUAAGGAGAAAAUUGACCAGCUACAAGAGGAGCUUCUCCGAACUCAGAUGAAGUACCAGCGUAUGCUCGAGCGUCUGGAGAAGGAGAACAAGGACCUGAGGAAGGUGGUGCUCCAGAAAGACGACAAAGGCAUCCAUCAGAGGAAGGUCAAGGUAAUCUCAAAGAAAUCUCUGAUUGACCUGUACUCAGAAGUGCUGGACAUCUUGUCAGACUACGACUCCAACUACAACACUCAGGACCAUCUGCCCAGGGUGGUGGUGGUUGGGGACCAGAGUGCGGGAAAGACCAGUGUGCUUGAGAUGAUUGCCCAGGCCAGGAUCUUCCCUCGAGGCUCAGGCGAAAUGAUGACCAGGUCCCCUGUCAAGGUGACCCUGAGUGAAGGGCCGCACCAUGUGGCCAUGUUCAAGGACAGCAGCCGAGAGUUUGACCUCACCAAAGAGGAGGAUCUGGCUGCCCUCCGGCACGAGAUCGAGCUCAGGAUGAGGAAGAGCGUCAGGGAUGGCCAAACAGUCAGUACAGAGACCAUUUCCCUAAGUGUCAAAGGUCCGGGUAUCCAGAGGAUGGUGUUGGUGGACUUACCGGGUGUCAUUAGUACUGUGACUGCUGGCAUGGCGGCCGACACCAAGGAGACCAUCUUUAGCCUCAGCAAAGCCUACAUGGCAAACCCCAACGCCAUCAUUCUCUGCAUUCAGGAUGGGUCAGUAGAUGCUGAGCGCAGCAUUGUCACAGACCUGGUCAGUCAGAUGGACCCACAGGGCAAGAGGACCAUCUUUGUCCUGACCAAAGUGGACCUGGCCGAGAAGAACCUAUCCAGCCCCAGCAGGAUUCAGCAAAUCAUUGAAGGCAAGCUGUUCCCAAUGAAGGCCUUGGGUUACUUUGCUGUUGUAACAGGGAAAGGAAGCAGCAGUGAAAGCAUAGACUCCAUCAAGGAUUACGAGGAGGAUUUCUUCCAGGCUUCCAGACUAUUAAGAGACGGCAUGCUGAAGGCGCACCAGGUGACCACUAAGAACCUGAGUCUGGCCGUGUCCGACUGCUUCUGGAAGAUGGUGAGGGAGUCGGUGGAGCAGCAGGCCGACGCCUUCAAAGCCUCUCGCUUCAACCUGGAGACCGAAUGGAAAAACAACUACCCACGCUUGCGCGAGCUUGACCGGAAUGAGCUUUUCGAGAAGGCCAAGAACGAGAUCCUGGACGAAGUCAUCAGCCUGAGUCAGGUCACACCCAAACACUGGGAGUCCAUUCUGCAGAAGAAGCUGUGGGAGAGGGUGUCCACCCAUGUCAUCGAGAACAUCUACCUGCCCGCCGCCCAGACCAUGGACUCGGGCACUUUCAACACCACUGUGGACAUCAAGCUCAAGCAGUGGACAGACAAGCAGCUGCCUCACAAAGCCUUAGAGGUUGCCUGGGAGACACUGCAGGAGGAGUUUGCGCGCUUCAUGGCGGAGUACAAAGGGAAGGACACGGACGACAUCUUCGACAAGCUGAAGGAGGCCGUCAAGGACGAAAGCAUCAAGAGACACAAGUGGAACGAGAGAGCCAUGGACAGCUUGAGGGUGAUUCAGCAUAACGCCCUGGAGGAUCGCUCCAUCACAGACAAACCCCAGUGGGACGCCGCCAUCCAGUUCAUGGAGGAGACUCUGCAGUCCCGCCUCAAAGAUACUGAAUCUGUAAUUACUGAUAUGGUGGGUCCUGACUGGAAACAGAGGUGGAUGCACUGGACGAACCGCACGGGAGACCAGCACAUCCGUAAUGAAACCAAAAACGAGCUGGAGCGUCUGCUGAAGCUGCAGGAGGACCACACGGCAUACCUGGCCAAUGACGAGGUCACCACCGUGCGCAAGAACCUGGAGGCCCGCGGAGUCGAAGUCGACCCGGUGCUGAUCAAGGACACGUGGCAUCAGCUGUACCGGCGGCACUUCCUCCAGAAGGCCCUGGCCCACUGCAACCUCUGCCGGAGAGGCUUCUACUACUACCAGCGGCACUUUGUAGACUCAGAGCUGGAGUGUAAUGACAUUGUGCUGUUCUGGAGGAUCCAGCGCAUGCUGGCCAUCACGGCCAACACACUGAGGCAGCAGCUCACCAACACUGAGGUACGUCGUCUGGAGAAGAACGUGAAGGAGGUUCUGGAGGACUUUGGGGAGGACACGGAGAAGAAGACCCAGCUGAUCACCGGCAGGAGGGUACAGCUGGCCGAGGACCUCAAAAAGGUCCGGGAAAUUCAAGAGAAACUUGAAGCAUUCAUCGAAGCCCUUCACAAAGAGAAGUAGACAAGCAGAAACAUUGGAUGCAGCUUUGCAGUUCACAAGACAUGCACUGAUCAAAGAAGACUAGUUCACCUCCAGCCCUUUUGUAAAUUGACUGCUCUCCAGGCAUCAUCUUUGCCCCACAUUUUAUUUUAACAUGAAAACAACCACCCCCAACACACACACACACACACACACACACACACACACACACACACACACACACACACACACACACACACACACACACACACACACACACACAUACACACACACACACACACGCAGACCCUAAAACAAGUCUGCAGCAGACAAGUUUUUUUUCCCAGUAGCUGCUCCAGGAGGGGAAGAUAAGUGAAGUGCCCGACUCGAGCCAGAGAGUGAGUGGGAGUGAGAGCUCAUCCCCACCAGUAGUGUGCUGGUGCUUUUGGGAAUGGAGCACUUCAUAAGCCCUGUCUAAGAGUGGUGUUCUGUCACAGCCGGAUGCAGUCUCCAAAACCCUAACUCCACCCCACCCUUCCCCUCCUCAAACCCUCACCGCCACCACCACCACCUCCAUACGCACCACUCGGCUGUGGUAGCUUAAAAGUACUUGAUGCGUUCCACAGACAUGUCCUCCACGUGAAUGUACUCAGCAGAAAAAGAAAUGGACAGAAGGAGAGAAAGGAAGGAAAGAAAGAGUGAGGAAAAAAAGACACACUUAUGUACCUUCACUCCCACCCCUUCUCCUCCUCCUCCACCUCCUCCUCUUCCCUCACCUUCCUGUUCUCCCUGUCUCCUCACAAAUGAAGGUUUUGCACAGGUGUCUCCUGUCCACCCCACCCCACUGCACUUCUCUUCUCCCCUCCUCUACCUCCCCCACUCCAUGCUCAUCACGCUCUCCGGCUUGUCCUCAUCCGUCUCAUCUGUCCAUCUGCCUUGCCUUUCGCGGGGAGCCUCUUCUUCACUCCUGCACCGGAUGCAUCUGCUGGACGUUUCGCCUGUUCAGGCCUGGUUGUGAGCGUUGGGGAGGAGGACACCAGCUUCAUGUCAGCCGAGCAGGCAGCACUUAACAUCAGCCACAGUCCCUCAUGGCUGUCCAUGGGGCUCUCUCCCUCUCUCUCUCUCACUCCCCGGGAUUUGUAGAGGCUUUCUCAUGGUUUUGGAUCGCGCUCUUAGCCACCCUCUAAACAGUAGACAAAGUGCUGCAGUUCAUCAGCGACUGAUAAUGUACUGUUUGCUUCACAGCAAAGAUGGCCUCUCUCUCUCUCGUUCUCGCUCAUGUGAACUGCGCAGCAUCCAUCUUGAGUUUGACUGAUGAUAAUGAUAAUGUGUAUGUUUGUUUUUAACCUUCACAAGUCUGACGAAACAUGUGAGAGUGAUUAAACUUCUACACUGAGCAUGUAAAAAAGAAAAUGUCAUCCUUUCCGCUUGGAGUCGAGUGGAUGUAUCUCUGACAGGUGGUGGUCUCUGUGUUUGCUUUAUUUUUGCCAACACUGUAGCCCUGGAGACUGGUCAGAUCUCAUCUUAGUGCCAUUUCAUGUGGGGCUUUCUUGAAGAAAAGGUGCAAAAAAAAACCCUCUUCUGUUUCAUGUUUUGUGGUAGAGGAGCUGUUGUCCUUAAGGCUAUCCGGGAUUCCACUGCGAGAAGGGGGUUGUGGGGGAUUGUGGCGGUGGGGGCUGAGCGAUAUUGCGCAGCUGGUCUCAACAUAUGAUUGGCCGCCUUUUCCUCUCCUCUCUCUUUCUCUCUGCCUCCAGCUCUUUCUCUGUCUCUGUCUCUCUCUCUCUCUCUCUCCAUCCCUCCAUCUGCCUCUCACCCUUAGCCCUUUUCUCCCAGAAGACGUGAGUAAUUCUCCUUUCCCUCGGAGGAAGAAUAGAGUGGAGAGAAAGGUGGGAGAGAGGGAAUGGUGUGGAAGAGUGGGGGCUUUCAGAACGGACUGGUGUUUUUUUUCCUGUUUCUCAUUUCCAUCCACAAACUCACUCUCUCCUCUUACUAGCGUAGCUACUGAUCAUCUGGUCGCCUCCAAACUGUAUCUGGCGUGUGUACGUAGUCUAAGCGGGACCGAUGUGUAUGUUUUUUUGGUUCUGCUGUUUUUAAAGAAAUGUUCCCCAUCAGCUGUCCCUUCUUCCCUUUAAGCCUUUCAUUGGAUUUGCACCCCCCCAUCCCUGUUUUCUUAUUUCCAUCCAGCAUAUUUCUGCUUCUUUUCUCUUUCUCUUUUUUCUUUUUUGCACUUGAUAUAUGUUCCUCAUCAAUUUUAUUUCGGUCACAAAUCCCACCUUUCAAACCCAAAACUGUUUGGAGUGUUUUGGAAGAGAUGAUCAUAUCGGUCUCUCAAGCCACUCAUGUUAUUUGUAAAUGGGUAUAUAUUAUAUAAUACAAAUGUGUAAAUGUUCAUUUAACUAAAAUCAUGGAGCUGUUCAUUAUAUAGGAGAGGGAAAUGCUUAUCAUAACAGGAGGUCCAUGGUUUAGUUUGUCAUACACAAGCGAUACUUUUUUUUUGGUAGAUUGUAAUGUUUGCAUGGUGUACCCAUCCGAUGUGCUUUAUUUAUUAAAUUGGUGUUAAAAAGAUACAAUUCCAGAUUAAAACACAUGUGAAUAAAUACAGAAACGGUG